UGUCAUUGGUUGUUUCAGCAGCAUGCCGUUUGAAUGAGAACAGGAAGUUAGCUGACUAGCAAGGCAGUAGCUAACUAUUACGUUGUUUUAAUAUCUACAAGCAACUGAAUGAAGGUGACAGAAUAAAAUACGUUUUAAUCGGCGGAUGACGUGAAGUUUAAAGUCUGAGCGACGCUGACAUGACUCUAAAAUAAACAUCUGUCCGAUGAGACAGGAAUCAGUCUGAUGAAGGGGCAUCUACGGCUGGCAGGAUGCAGCAGAAAAGGAACAUCCAGAUCAUCGAGUGGGAGGACCUCGACAAAAAGAAAUUUUACUCUUUCGGGGUGUUCAUGACGAUGAGCAUCCGGGCCACCGUCUACCCGGCCACACUCAUCCGCACUCUACUCCAGGUGCAGAGGGGCAAAUCACUCUACAGCGGCACCUUUGACGCCUUCUUCAAGAUUCUCCGGACGGAGGGCAUCCGCGGCCUUUAUCGAGGCUUUAUGGUCAACACCUUCACGCUCAUCUCAGGCCAGGCUUACAUCACCACCUACGAGCUGGUGAGGAAGUAUGUCUCCAAGUAUUCUGACAAUAAUACGGUCAAGUCGCUGGUGGCGGGCGGCUCAGCCUCCCUGGUUGCUCAGAGCAUCACUGUCCCUAUAGAUGUCGUCUCUCAGCAGCUGAUGAUGCAGGGCCAAGGGGAGCACCUCACUCGCUUUCGACUGAAUUUUAAUACAGAGGCUGGAAAGUCUAAAAAAUUCUUCGGCCAAACCAGAAACAUUAUGGCUCAGAUUUUUGCUGCUGAUGGUUUCCGGGGCUUCUACAGAGGAUAUGUGGCUUCUCUGCUCACUUAUAUCCCCAACAGUGCUGUGUGGUGGCCUUUCUACCAUUUUUAUGCUGAGCAACUCUCUAAAAUGGCUCCCAGUGACUGCCCUCAUCUGAUCCUACAAGCCAUGGCCGGACCUCUGGCUGCUGCUACUGCCUCAACUGUCACCAACCCAAUGGAUGUGGUCAGAGCCAGAGUGCAGGUUGAAGGGAGGACUUCAGUCAUUGAGACAUUCGGGCAGCUGAUCAAAGAGGAGGGCUGCUGGGGACUGACCAAAGGACUGUCGGCACGUAUCAUCUCCUCCACACCCACUGCCAUCGUCAUGGUGGUCGGCUACGAGACGCUAAAAAAGCUGAGUCUGCGACCGGAGCUGGUGGACUCGAGACACUGGUAGAAGAUACCUGGACAGACAGUAUAUGGACCGCGUGCCAUUUCAGCCCUAAAUCACACUUCCUGUGAAGACACUUGAUGAACAAAAAAAGGUUUGUUUUAAAUAACAACCUGGGGAACAAGAUGGAAUCAGGCCACUUUAAAACGCACAUAAUCUGCGUCUAAGAUAUCAAACGUGUUCAUCGGUAGCAGAUUAAAUAUCUGGCCGUCAACAUUCACUCCAGACCCAGGUUCACAGUCUAUAUCGCUGCUUACCAGGUUGAUGCUUUUUAGUGCAAUUAGAGUAGUGAAUAAAAUGUUUUAACACUGGAAGAUGCAGAUAAAUUGAUGCAAACUGGUACAAUUUAUUUUACACACUCUACAAUCAUGUCUGAGCAUCUUUGCAGAGGAGAAAAGUGGAAGUGAUUGCGGAUAGACUGCCCGAUGGUUACUGUGAUUGUGCUCUCACUAAGCCGAGCACUGUUUGGCCCACAUAAAAAAAAAAAAAAACAGGUUUUGAUCAGGGUUCAGAGAAAGGCCAUGAAACUCAUGAUGACGCGUCACGUCAGCAGUAAAAAAAAAUCUUUCCUGUGUUGGUUUCCUGUAAUUCGCCACACUGGCUUGUAGGUCUAGUUCCUUUCCCUUGGCCUUUUUUAAAUUGCUGCCUUCAUAGUGUGAUCAAAUGAUCUGCUUUUAUUUUACUGAAUGUGUGCAAGAAGAACAGUAGAAUCUGUGUUUCAUGGCACCCUCUGUUUUGUACGUGUAUUUAAUUUCCAGUUGUCUCGUAUGCACAGACUGAGUCAGAAUCAAUGUUUUAAAGGUCCAGUGUGUCGGAUUUCCGGGGAUGUAUUGGCAGAAAUGGAAUACAGUACAAGAAGUAUGUUGGUGUAUAAGCCCUGAAAAUAUGACUUGUGUUUUAAUUACCUAAGAAUGAGCCGUUUAUUUGCAUUUUCACAUUGGCCACCGUAGUUAGCUGCCCCUGCAGGACAAGUAGAAAAGCAUCAGAAAAACGUUGAUUUUUUUUUUUUUUUUUAAACAUGAAACUGCCACAUUCUGUGUUGUUUACUCAUUUAAAUCACCUGGUCUGUUUGUUUUGGGGAUGAAGAGACCUCUGCAGAUAAUUCAGCUCCUGAUAAAAACAGCCUGAAUGUCUGGAUCUUAAGUUAUCUGGAAAAAAAAAAGCAGAGCAACACAUUAGCGCGUUCUGGGCUAGCGACUUGUUUGUAACACACCAAACAGCAUCGGGAAAACGGUGAUUUAUAACUUCAAACUGCUGUAUUCAGUGUUUUACGGAUUAAAUCACUGGGUCUGUUUGUUUUGAGGAGGAAGAGACCUCUACUGAUAAUUCAGCUCCUGGUUAAAACCUUGUGAGCAUCUUGAUCUUAAGUUAUCAGAAAAAAAGUGAACACGUUCGCGGGUGCUGGGCUAGCAGCCCGCCUGUGGUGCACAGCAUUGGAAGAACGCUGGUUUUAAACAUGAAUGUGUGUUUUAACUGGUUUAAAUCACCCAGUCUGUUUGUUUUGGAGAGGAAGAGACCUCUGCGGAUAACUGGGUCCUGGUGAAAACCUCCUGUACAUCUGGAUCUUAAGUUAUCAGAGAAAAAGCUGAGCACACAUUAGGAGGUUCUGGGCUAGCAGCCCAUUUGUAACGCCCCAAAUGGCAUCGGGAAAACACUUGAUUUGUAACGAGAAACUCCUUUAUUUUACUUUAUAGUGUUUUACUGGUUUAAAUCUGUUUGUUUUGGAGAGGAAGAGACUUCUGCGGAUAAUUCAGCUUGUGAAAACCUCCUGAACAAUGAACACUGAAGGAAUGCUAAGCAGGAGUUCAGGCCUGUCUCAUGGGAGAAGUUUCGGCUGGUUGCAAUGUGCAGUCCUCGCCACCAGAUGCCACUAAAUCCUCCACAUUGCUCCUUUUAAAUCAAAUGCAAAACACUACAAUAUUUUAUCAACCUUUUUUAUAACAUCGUAGUAUGGUGUCUCUCCAGAAAAUAUUGCAGUGAUCCAGCUGGUUAAUAAAUGAUUUGCUGUGCUGUCAUGUUCUGUGAAGCUGCGAAUAAUUAAGGUACUUCCAUCAAAACCUGUGGGUUUGACAGGAAGUAGGAAUAAUGGUGGUCCCCUCUUGUGACAGUAAAUGUUUGAGUGCAAUAAUGUUUUAUCCUUUGCAGCACAAAAUGUAAUUGUAUAUUUUUAUUGUAAAUUGUGUACAUAACAUGUCUUAAAGGAGUGCAUUAAUACCUAAUUUAUUUUCUUCAAAUCUUUUGGAGGGAUUAUGACCACAGAAGAGUGCCAGCUUCUAAAUUAAGUUUGUUCUUCAUUUGUUUGAUAUUCAAUUUGUUGCUUUUCUAACUUUUUUUUUUCUCCAAAUGGCUUUUUUAGGAAAGGUGAAAAUAAAGUUAAGUACAAACAUUAGACACAGGUCACAUUAGAUGUUGUCACUGUGGGUAUCAUCAUAAAGAAAGGUGAUGGUAAUGUUUCAGUACGGAUUGAAGGCAAAUUCAAAAAUCUGAUUUGUUUAAAUGAAGCCAUAAUGUCCUGUAAUGUACCUGAAGUUAUAUAUAAAUCUGCUCAGGCCAAGAUGUGUUAUCAACCUGUAGGGGCCAGCUGAUGGAGGACUGUGUAGACUCACUUCUGUUGGCCUGGUUGGAUAAAAUAAAAUCACUGCAAACUGCUGUGAUAAAAUUCACUGCAGGCUGGAAUUAAAUUUUUAACUUUCUUUGCACAACUUUAAAUAACUGGGUACGUGAUCAUGUUGUCAGAGAUUAGUCUCCUGUUGUCAAUACAUUUCACAUCAUGUGUCAUCUCAGUGUUACUUGGUUCAUCUGUUCAUCUAUGCCACCAAUAUUGUAUUCUCCUUUGUUAGCUUUGAAAUGUUAAAAAAUUAAAAUAAUGUGAAGCCAUACCUGUGGUCAUCUCAGAAUGUCAGCUCACUUUAACCUGAGUUUUGAUGCGUGGAGAAGCAGAAGUUUUUAUUAAAAGUCCAGUGUGUAGGAUUUAGGAGGAUCUAUUGGAAGAAAUGAAAUAUAAUAUUCAUAACUAUGUUUUUAACAGUUUAACAUCACCUGAAAAUUAGAGUCAUUGUGUUCUCGUUACCUUAAAAUGACACGUUCGUAUUUACAUACAGAGCAGGUCCUCUCCAUUGGAGGGAGUCCACCAUGUUGUUUCCACCACAGCCCAGACUGGACAAAUCAAACACUGGCCUGAGCGUUUUCGCAUCAGCCACUGUAGUUCUCCAAGAUCAAUGUUCGGCCACCUUCACUAUCAAAACAGCCAUUUUUGACCAAAAUAAAAUAAAAAUCUAAAACCAACAAGACAUAUUUGAACCUUAUAUCAAAGGUAAAACAGCCUGUCUCAAUUAGCCUAUCAACAUUCCUAAUAGGUCUAAACGAGCAGUCAUGCAUAUGUUUUAGCACACGGUGGUCACUCAGCAGGGGCCUUGUCAUGAGUCUUUGGUACUUGAAACAAAUCUGCACAUGAUCUAUUAAAUUGUUGAUUUUCCUCCGAGAUGUUUCCUUUUUCAGAAUCUCAAGGUAUUCUCACUAGUCGCUCAUGACGAGCCACUGCUACUGAGGUUUCGCAAAAUUUAGAGGACAAGGCGCCAAGGAGGAGACAGGAUGCACAUUUUGGUUGACAAAAUGUUAAAAUCUGGUAUAUAGGCUACACAUUUUUACAACUUAAGAGUUCAAAGAAUCACUUUGGGCCUACAAAG